AUUUUGGGGGGUGAGGGGCUGGCCUUUUUUGUUCCGCUGGAGAAUCCUGCUUGAACGGAGAGCAGGAGCACAACAGACCGACAAGAAAUCACAACGACGCGGACAAUCGGCUAAAUCGGAGCUCCGGGGGGGAUCCGUCGGUCCGGCGAAACAAGACUGAGUCGAAAGAAGGCGCAAUUGCUCCCCAGCGCUGCCGCCGUUAGCUCCCGGGUCUUCAGGCAGGCAGACAGGCAGGCAGGCAACUGGCAGCUAUCGCCGUUAGCCUCAACUCCUCUGCGGGUCUGGGGGGUUCUGGUAGGGGCAGGGGGCGGGGGUGCUCCGAGAAGGGAGAAGACUACACGCCGAGAGGAGGGGGCUGGAAGUCUGAGACGCUUCCAGCCUGAAGGGGCCGGCGUUUUGGCCACAGCACCCCGGACUAGCUAGCUUGUACCCGCGCGGCUAAGUGAAUGGGAUGGAGCCGGGACCGUCUGGCGCUGUGCCCAUGGGGGCCUUCCCCCCACCCCUGCAGCAGGUGUUCCAGGCCCCCCGCCGGCCUGGCAUGGGCACUGUGGGCAAACCUAUCAAGCUGCUGGCCAACUACUUUGAGGUGGAGAUCCCAAAGAUGGAUGUCUACCACUACGAGGUGGACAUUAAGCCCGACAAGUGCCCCCGACGAGUCAACAGGGAGGUGGUGGAAUACAUGGUGCAACACUUUAAGCCCCAGCUCUUUGGCGACAGGAAGCCAGUGUAUGACGGCAAGAAGAACAUCUACACGGUGCUAGCACUUCCCAUUGGGAGUGAGAAGGUGGAUUUUGAGGUGACCAUCCCCGGUGAGGGUAAGGACCGAAUCUUCAAGGUGUCCAUCCGUUGGCUGGCCAAGGUGUCAUGGCGCCUGCUCCAGGAGACUCUGGUCAGCGGCCGGCUGCAGGUCCCCCUGGACUCUGUCCAAGCCCUGGACGUGGCCAUGCGCCACUUGGCCUCUAUGAGGUACACUCCAGUUGGCCGUUCAUUCUUCUCCCCACCUGAAGGAUACUAUCACCCCCUGGGUGGGGGGAGGGAAGUGUGGUUUGGCUUCCACCAGUCUGUGCGCCCCGCCAUGUGGAAGAUGAUGCUUAACAUUGAUGUGUCUGCCACGGCCUUCUACAAAGCCCAGCCUGUAAUUGAGUUCAUGUGUGAGGUUUUGGAUAUUCGCAACAUCGAUGAGCAACCCAAGACCCUGACUGACUCACAGAGAGUCCGCUUCACCAAGGAGAUCAAAGGCCUGAAGGUGGAGGUAACCCACUGUGGUCAGAUGAAGAGGAAGUAUCGCGUAUGCAAUGUCACCCGACGUCCUGCCAGCCACCAGACGUUUCCCCUCCAGCUGGAGAGUGGGCAGACAGUAGAAUGUACAGUGGCCCAGUACUUCAAGCAGAAGUAUAACUUGCAGCUAAAAUACCCUCACCUACCAUGUCUACAGGUCGGCCAGGAGCAGAAGCACACCUAUCUGCCCCUGGAGGUUUGUAACAUUGUAGCAGGUCAACGGUGCAUCAAGAAGCUGACAGAUAAUCAAACCUCCACUAUGAUCAAAGCCACAGCUCGCUCAGCACCCGACAGACAGGAGGAGAUCAGCAGGCUGAUGAAGAAUGCUAACUUCAACCUAGACCCGUACAUCCAGGAGUUUGGGAUUAAAGUGAAAGAUGACAUGGCUGAGGUGACAGGAAGGGUUUUACCAGCCCCUAUCCUGCAGUACGGAGGACGGAAUCGUGCCAUAGCCACCCCCAACCAGGGAGUGUGGGACAUGAGGGGGAAGCAGUUUUAUAAUGGCAUAGAGAUCAAAGUCUGGGCUAUUGCCUGCUUUGCCCCCCAGAAACAGUGCAGAGAGGAGGUGCUCAAGAACUUCACAGACCAGCUGCGUAAGAUCUCUAAGGAUGCUGGGAUGCCAAUUCAGGGUCAGCCAUGUUUCUGUAAAUACGCCCAGGGAGCCGACAGCGUAGAGCCCAUGUUCAGACACCUGAAGAACACCUACUCUGGACUUCAGCUCAUCAUCGUCAUCUUGCCUGGAAAGACUCCUGUGUAUGCGGAGGUGAAGCGUGUGGGAGACACCCUCCUAGGCAUGGCCACCCAGUGUGUCCAGGUGAAGAACGUGGUCAAGACAUCACCUCAGACCCUCUCCAACCUCUGUCUCAAGAUCAAUGUGAAACUGGGAGGCAUCAACAACAUCCUGGUGCCUCACCAACGGUCAGCAGUGUUCCAGCAGCCGGUUAUCUUCCUGGGAGCAGAUGUCACGCACCCCCCAGCUGGAGAUGGGAAGAAGCCCUCCAUUACUGCUGUGGUAGGCAGUAUGGAUGCCCAUCCCAGCAGAUACUGUGCCACAGUGCGUGUCCAGAGGCCCAGGCAGGAAAUCAUUGAAGAUUUGUCUUACAUGGUGCGUGAGCUGCUGAUUCAGUUCUACAAGUCGACGCGCUUCAAGCCCACGAGGAUCAUCUUCUACAGAGAUGGAGUUCCUGAAGGACAGCUGCCGCAGAUUCUCCACUAUGAGCUCCUGGCCAUCAGAGAUGCGUGCAUCAAGUUGGAGAAGGACUAUCAGCCAGGCAUCACCUACAUCGUGGUCCAGAAACGCCACCACACACGCCUCUUCUGUGCUGACAAGUCUGAAAGAAUUGGGAAAAGUGGGAAUAUUCCAGCAGGGACCACAGUGGACACCAGCAUCACUCACCCCUUUGAGUUUGACUUCUACCUGUGCAGCCAUGCUGGCAUACAGGGUACCAGCCGACCCUCUCAUUACUACGUCUUGUGGGACGACAAUCGUUUCACUGCUGAUGAGUUGCAGAUCCUAACCUACCAGUUGUGCCACACAUACGUGCGUUGUACCCGUUCUGUCUCCAUCCCUGCGCCAGCCUAUUAUGCCCGUCUUGUGGCCUUCCGUGCCCGCUACCAUCUGGUGGACAAAGAACAUGACAGUGGAGAGGGCAGCCAUGUGUCUGGUCAGAGUAACGGUCGGGAUCCCCAGGCGCUGGCCAAAGCUGUUCAGAUUCACCACGACACCUUGAGGACCAUGUACUUCGCCUGAGCUACACCAACCAUCACCACCAUUGUUCCCUCCCACCUCAUUCCUACCUGAGUGGGCAGAGAGCCCACAGUAAGCCACCUCCCACCACCACCACCUCAUCCCCAUCCCUUAUUCCCAGUGACUUCCCACUACACAUACUCCACAGAUUUGCCAUUAUGUGACCAGGCCAAGUCAGCCUACCCAAACCCCAAAAAACAUAAAGCCCUUCACCUGUAAAACACAGGCAGACUCUACAGCCUCAUGCACUCACAAACGGUUAUGAAUAUUAUUGUUAUUAUUGUCUUUUGUUGUCUUUACUUUACCAGGACUAUUGCUCUUUUUAUGUUGAAUUUUUAAAACGUGGGUAUUAUUAUUGUAAUUGUAUUGUACGCUACCUUCACACUCCUAUGUAUGUAAGUAUGCAAUACGGAUGGGAGGAAAGUAGGCGGUAAAAAGAAAAAUGAUCCUGAAAAUUUUUGACUGCCACCACGAUGCUGCCUCUUUACCGAUCCGAAUGCCGGAUGCCAGUGUUCAAACCUCCUGGUAUGGGGAUCCUCCAGAGGGGACGUAAUGGACACUCACAGACACACCUAUCAUUUAAGCAUUGUCAUGAACUACAUUCUUGUUUUUAAUAUGUUUUUGAAUAAUGUUAUUUUUUAAAACUGCCUUGAGGAGUCUGAGGUAUGGUACAUUAGCACUUAGUGAUAGCAUGUAGAUGCCGCCAGUCCUGCACAUAAGAGUUUGUUAGUAUAUGUGAGGCUAGCCCUCUGGUCUUUAUAUUAGCAGAGACAGAGAAAGAGCAGGUGUAGCAUAUCAUAGAUACAGGAGUGAAGUCCUGCCGCACUCUCUGUGCCGGUUGGCCAGUCCCUUAGAGAAUUAGCCUAUAGAGGCAAACUUAGCAUAACAAUAGAGGGACCAUUUGCAUAGAGUGUAUCAAAUAUACUUGCACCCCAUGCACCUAAACCAGCAUUGUUAACCAGCCAAAUGUGAUGCCAACCAAUGGAAAAGGGGCACUUAAACAGGAAGAUAAUCUUAUAAUUCUGUAUGCAUUGCUCUUUUAGGAAUUACGAGGCACUUUUUAUUUACACAAUGGUUUGUUUUACUUCAAAAUGGGGAGACUUGUCUGUCCUGAGGCUUGACAUACAAAUCACUUUGAAAUUCUCACUCCCAUACUCAGCUUUCUGAACAAAGAGUAACAAAGGCAAUAGGCAAGGUCAGCUCUCCUUUGUAGAAUUGAAUGCAGGCAAAUAUAAGUCUGUGAUCACUAAGUGCUGCAAAGCUGAACUUUCAUUCAGCAAAUGACCUUGCUCUGAUCAUUCUGCACAUUCCAACAUGUAUCAAUGGAGAUGACGCUGCACAGCGCUCCCUCUGCUGACGCCAACCCACACACACCUCUCCCCAUCUCACUCAAAACUCCUCCCUCCUAUUCCACAUGCAGGCGUUUACAUUACGCAUAGCCUAGCUAUCAUACUCAUUCACAUCUCUGCUCCUUCAGUCCAUCUCCUAUCAUGUAGAGGCCAUCCUCUUCAAAUGCACUUGUUUACCCCUUACCCCAACCAUUUGGACUCUUGCCCCACUGACCCUCCCACCUUUUUUCUAGUAUCAGCUUCCUCAUGCUCCCUACAGUCGCUUUUAAAGUCACUUACCUGCGUCAUUCCCUGCCCUGUCCCCCGGCCUGUGAUAGUUGAUCCCCAUUGGUGCUCUGUGUGCAUGAGCAACACAGAUAGGGGCUUGCUACAUAGGAUAGGGUGGGCAAUUAUUAUUACUACUUAUGCCCUGCCUUCACAUCAAGUCACUUUCUGGCUUUAUGAAAAAAAAAUGCAUGUAACUAUUUUUUAUGACUGGAUAUUCUGAGCCACCUUAUUUUGGUUUCCCUAGAGGUAGGAGCCUUGAGCUCACUGCUGCCUGUCAGUUGUUUUGCCUCGAUUGUGAAAUGGUUAAAGACUGCUUUUGUUUUUUCCUUUUUUUUCCUGUAUUAUUAUAAUUAUUAUUGUGACUAGUGUCAGAGUGUAUCCUCAAGAGGGCACUGCGGGGACAGUCUCAGAUUUCCACCUCAGUUGCCCUUUAAGCGCCUCAAAUCUUAUCUGAUGGUGAGAGCCCCUUUGAGCUGAAAGGGAUCAAAAGAUAGAGAUCAGAUGAGUUUGAUUUUUAAAUCAUGUUUAUGAACUUGCAUAAUCAAAAUGCCUUUGUACACCGUUUUACUGAUCCUUCAUUGUGUCCAAGGUGAUUUGUAUAUAUAAAUAUAUAUUAACCUGUUAUGUAUUUUGGCUCACCAGUUGCCGGGCCUUUCGCAGUUGGGGCCAGUGUUUCACCCCCCACUCUGUGUUUUAAAAAAAAAAAAUCAGUCUGGGGAAUAGUCCCAGCACCACUGAAUCCAGAUGCAGUUCUUCACUUACUGAAGCCACAAAGCACCUUGCAAAGAAGGGAGACAAAAUGGCAGUCACCCUGGAAAUGCAUCAUGUGGACACCGGAGAGUCCACUCCUCUCCACACAGCCUCACUGACUAAGCAAUAUGAAGCCACUGAUCAAGAACAGUCCUUGUCAUAGCACUUCCCAAUAGAUUUGAAUGAAAGGACAUGGAAGCAACUUAUUUUGGCUCUGUGUAUGUAAUAGUAUGGGAACUCUGUUGGGGAGGGUUAUUUUUUAAAGAAAAUAAAGUUGUUUUUUAUUA